AAUGGGUUCAAUGACUUUCCCUACUACCUUCUCUAAUAAAAAAUUCCCUACAAUUUUCCAAGAAACAAAUUCCCAAUAUUCUCUCCAACCAAAAAUGAAAUUUUACCCUCAUUUCAUACAACUUCAUAACCAAAUGUAUGUUUCUAGUUUUAUUAAUUUAAACCAAUUUUAUUCUUUGAGUUAUGUCUCCAAAAGCAAUGGCCUAUUAUACCCUGUGAAAUGUAAUAGUAUAGAUAAUAAUUCAGAAACACCAGAAGAAGGCCAGAAAGCUGUGGAAACAGUACAAAAACUUUAUAAUGCACUUAGAAAUAAAAAUCUUAAUGAAUUAUCUGAUAUAAUUGGAGAAGAAUGUCGAUGCAUUAGCAAUGUUGCCUCUUCUUUACAAACUUUCUAUGGCAAGGAGCAAGUAAUAGAUUUCUUCAAUUCAAUCAUAAAGCUCCUGGGGAAUAACUUUGAGUUUGUCAUUCAACCCACUAUACAUGAUGGGACAAGUGUUGGGGUUGCUUGGGAACUAGCAUGCAGCGAAACUCAUGUUCCCAUUGGAAAAGGUUUUGGCUUCUAUAUGUGCCAUUAUUACAAGGGCAAGAUGAUGAUAAGGAAUGUGGAGAUGUUCAUGGACCCACUCCUUCAUAUUGAGCCCGUUCGAUUGAAAAUAUCAUCCUUCCUUCUGAGAGCAGUUCAAAAGAUGAAUCCUCCAGAUCUUUUCAAGGGAAAGAAGAAACAGGCUAUGAGCAUCUUGUUUAUUAUUCUACUAUUUGUAGCUCUACUGUACUUGGUCAAGAACUCUAGGAACUUAAUGUAAUUCACCAACAAAAUUGUAGUAACAGAAGCAGCAAUUUUUGCUGCCAUCUAUGAAGAUUACCACAGACGAA